GUACAGUGAAAAUUGCCAUUGUAAUCAUGGCACCAAACGUGCUUGUCGAAAUGCCAUCGCAUUAUUUCACUGUGACCGUGACGUAGCCCAUAGUUGUCUCGUUCCAAAAUUUGCAGCCGCGUGUUCGUCGUGUUGUAGCGGAGUAAUAAAUAAUUCAGACAAAAUGUUGAUGCCAAAAGCUCAUCGUAUAGCAAUCUACGAGUACCUUUUCAAAGAAGGCGUCUUAGUAGCCAGAAAAGACUUCAAUGCCCCAAAACAUCCUGAUUUAGAAAAUGUACCGAAUCUUCAUGUUAUCAAGGCUUUACAAUCAUUGAAAUCAAAAGGUCUUGUAAAAGAACAGUUCGCAUGGCGACACUAUUACUGGUAUUUAACCAAUGAGGGUAUCCAAUAUCUCCGUAAUGUUCUCAAUUUACCUCCCGAAAUUGUACCAGCAACUUUGAAGAGGCAAGUAAGGUCAGAAACAACCAGACAACGACCUAGAGCUCCAGAUGCUGCUCCCAAAACUGCUAGUGACAGAGAAGGUUACAGAUGGGCUCCAGGUGGUCCUGAUAAACGAGGAGAUGUUGGACUUGGUACCGAGCCCAAAUUAGAAUUUAAAGGUGGAUUUGGACGUGGUCGUGCUCCUCCCCAAUAAUUUUAUAUGUAUAUAAAGAAAAAAAUUAAUAAAAAAGUGUCUACAAAAUUUUGUUUGAUCUUUUUAUUUUUAGUAGA